AUGGAUUCUCCUUCGCCGCAACUCGAACCCACACCGGUCCAGCCCUCCACCGAUCCACUAACCCACCAAUUCACCACACUCAACGACCUAGCCCACGAACUAACCUCUCUCCAAGACCUAGCCAACCGCGGCUCCUGGCGAUCAAUCCUCGACAAAGUCAACCGAGCCCGAUCCCUCUCUCUCUUAUCAACCCCGCACGAUCACCUCACUUACCUCGCUUACAUCGUUCUCUCUCUUACUAAACUACGCCGUUUCCAGGAAGCCCAAACCGAACUCGAUUCCGUCGACGAUUUUAACAGUCAUCAUUACCGUUACGAAACUUACCCUAAAAUUUAUCCUAACCGCUCCGGUUCGAUGGUCCCUUUCUCUCUCCGGUGGCUGCAUGCGCUGCUCCCGAUUAAAUUAGGUAACCGUCAAGAAGGUUUAGAUCGGUUUUAUUUGUUACUUGAUUUUGUACGUGGAAAAUUGAAUAAGAAUGGAACCGACGUGUCGGUCAAAGUUUGGAGGAAGAGAGAGGUUUUUGUUGUUAAUAAUAUAAUUAAUCAUCAUUUGAGUAAUAAGGAGUUUAGUGUUUGUUUAGACUUGAUUAAUGGUUUAAUCUCUGGCGGGAAUUUAGAUCCGGUUAUGUUGUCGAAAUUAGGGCAUGUGCAGAUGCAAAUUGGGGAUUUGGAAGGGGCAAAUGUGUCAUUUAGUAAGGUAGAGAAAUUGAUUAGUGAGAGUGGAGAGAGUGACAUUGGGUUAAGGAAUUUGGUUAGUAGGAAUAAGGCAUUGGUGUAUUUGGUGGCGAAGGAUUAUUUGUCAGCUGUGAGGGAAUAUGAUGAUUGUGUUGAGAGGGAUGGAAUGGAUGUUGUAGCGAUUAAUAAUAAGGCCAUUUGUUUGAUGUACUUGAGGGAUUUGUCGGAUUCAAUUAAGGUUUUGGAGAGUUCGCUCGAGAGAGUGCCGACUGUUGCAUUGAAUGAGACGCUUGUUGUUAAUUUGUGUAGUAUGUAUGAGUUGGCUUAUGUUAAUCAUUCGGAUACUAAGCGGACGCUUAGUAAUUGGAUUGCUCGUGUCGCUCCAGAUGAUUUUGAUUCUUCUUGUACCAGGGUUUGA